UGUAAAUAUGAGGAAUUGGAGCAAUAUCAAACGUCAUCACAACAUCAUCCCCUACCUCUUUGCUUUCCAAAUCUGAUUCUACUUGAUAUCUUGCAAUGUAAAAGCUUGAAAUCUCUCUUUCCAAUUAUUGUUGCCCAAGGUAGCUCUAAACAACUAAACGCGCCCAAUUUGCAAACUCUGAGGAUAGAGAGGUGCUUUAGAAUGGAAGAAAUAAUCCAAGAUUCACAAGUAUCAACCAUAAGCUUCCAAUGCCUAAGGGAAGUACAAGUCACAAAAUGCAAUAAGUUGAAAUUUCUCUUCCCAAUGUGUGUUGCUAAUAGUCUUGGGCAAUUGCAAACUCUGAUGAUAGAGAGGUGCUUUGGAAUGGAAGAAAUAAUCCAAGACUCACAAGUAUCAACCAUAAGCUUCCAAUGCCUAAGGGAAGUACGAGUCACAGAAUGCAAUAAGUUGAAAUUUCUCUUCCCAAUGUGUGUUGCUAAUAGUCUUGGGCAAUUGCAAACUCUGACGAUAGAGAGUUGUUCCCAAUUACAAGAAAUAAUCCAAGGACCAGAUGAAGUGUUAAUCUCAAUGUCUCAAGGUCUUGCACGAUUGAAAAACGUUGAGUUGAUUAAUUUGCCUCAAUUGAAAGGAAGGGAGAGAAACUACAUUGUGCUGACAUCGGCAUCUUUACACUUGUUAAAAGUGAGAGAUUGUCCUCAAUUGACACCUAUUAUCGUUUCAACUAAUAUACAGGUAUUGUACUUUUCGAAGAUGAUAGAAAAGAAGCAAAUAAGCAACGUGACAGUCCCUGAAAGGAGAGGAGGAACAUCAAUUUCCAAUUUUGAAGAGUUAUUUGAAUAUCCUAGAUAUAAUCUUUCAAGUCUGGAGAAGCUAACGUUGUCCAAACUAACUGAAUUGCGGGUGAUAUGGAGUGGUCCCAUUCAAGUUGAACACUUUCAAAAUCUCACUCGAUUGCAAGUCCGCAAUUGCAGAAGGUUAAGAUACAUCUUCUCACCUACCAUCGCUCGAAAUUUGCCACAAUUGUCGUGGUUGCAUAUAGCUGACUGUGAGGAAUUGGAGCAAAUAAUUGAGAAGGAUCAAACUCCGUCACAACAUCAUCUCCAACCUAUUUGCUUCCCUAAUUUUUGGUGGAUUACAAUCAUUAACUGUGAAAACUUGAAAUGUCUCUUCCCGAUUCCUCUUGUUCAUGGCGGCCUUCCAAAACUAAGUGGAUUAUGCCUUAGACAGGUCUCCAAAUUAGAGCAGGUGUUUGAAGGAGAUGAGACAAAUCUGAAUGAGGAAGAAGAGAAAGUGAUACGCCUACCUCUGCUCCGCUUCUUAAAGCUUGUUGAGCUACCAAACCUCGUGAGCUUUAGUCCUGUGGGUUACCAAUUUGUUUUCCCAUUUUUGACGUAUUUACAAGUAAAAGGUUGUCCCAACAUGACCACAAGAUUUAGUGUUGGUUCAGAGAAAUCAGUGCAUGCGAAAAUGCAGGCAAGCCAAUCAGAUGAUGAAAUUAUAGUGGAAGAAUCUGCUACAGCUCAAGAAACUGCAUGGCCAAUUGGUAGUGAUAUAGAAUGGUGGCCUAAUGGAAAAUUAAGCAUUGUGAAUGUUUAAAUUGAAUGCCAUUUAUUUGUUACUAUGUACCAUUUAUUCGUUAAAUUGAAGACAAAUUUAUUGAGGUAUAAGCAAAAACAAAGUA